AUGUGUUAUACCAAUAUCUGGUCAUGUCAUUUGGACACAAAAAAAUGUGUGUUCAAUGCCCGGUCACUUCCUGAUGAUGAUAACUAUGCAGAAAGUUUUAGUGCAAGGCAACAACUGAUCGCUCAGGUGAUUUCUACCAAUAAUCAAAUUGUCUUAAAUUAUCUCAAUGAAGGAAGCAACAAAAGCAGGCAUCGAGGCUCAAUUCCUGGUCAUAAGAUGAUCAAUCGUAAUCGUGAAGCUGCUGAUCGUAAUCUAUUCAAUGAUUAUUUCGCCGAAAAUGCAUUGUAUAAUGAUGCAAUGUUUCGAAGAAGAUUCAGAAUGGGACGGAAUUUAUUUAUGCGUAUCUGUGAUGCUGUUACUAAUCAUGACAACUAUUUUAUACAGAGAAGAGAUGGGCUUGGAAGACUUGGUUUGUCAAGCUUGCAAAAAAUAACAGCUGCAUUUCGGAUAUUAGCAUACGGUGUACCAGCAGAUGCUACUGAUGAGUACAUUAAAAUAGGGGAAUCAACUGCUAUUGAAAGUGUGAAACGAUUUUGUCGUGCCGUUGUUGAAGUUUUUGGAGGGCAGUACCUACGAUCUCCAAAUGCUCACGAUGUUGCUAGGCUACUUCAUAUUGGUGAGCUACGAGGUUUUCCAGAUCUCCACCAAGCUGCCAUGGAGAACACAAUAACUGAACCAAAAUAG